UUAAUGGAAAUCUCGAAACUAUAAUCACUAUACUAAUUAAAUUGAGCUGACUAAUUACUUUCGUUCUGUUAUUUGCUUCUUCUACUGUGUUUCAUUUCAUUCAUUUCAUCAUCAGCCCUUUUACGCCUUCCUUAUGGAUGGUUAAGGAGGAUGGGCCAUGACCCUCCACGCUGGCCCAAUGCGGAUUGGAGGGUAUUAACGACUGCAAAUGCAGCCGGGACCAACGGCUUAACGUGCCUUCCGAAGCACGGAGUAGCUCGAGAUAAUAAUUUUUUGGUCACCCAUCCCGUGACCGACCCUUGCGAAAGUUGCUUAACGACUACGAUCACGGGCCGCGGCGCUAAUCCACUACGCCACCGAGCUACUCCACUGUGUACUUGUGUAGAAUUAAUGUGAAUCGACAAAACAACUUCAAUCCAGACUAACAAGUAGCUAU